AGUAAAAGAAAAUCCCGUUGUGGUGGCAGAACACCUUACAUUUAGGGUCUAAAACUGUUCUUAUUUUGCUCAAUUGACUCUGUCCCUUCGGAUCUUUCCCCCUCUAUGCUUACUUAAACGCUUCGAAAUCCCUUCCAUUUCACAACCCAAAAACAAUUUCAAUGGCAAUGGCAAAGGCAAAGUCAAAACCUGUACUACCCCUUUUCUCCACUUUCUUUUGCCUCUUCAUGGCUGUAACAGCUGCAGACUGGAACAUUGUCAACCGAAGGAACAAAAAUGGCCUCAAAAUCAGCCUAAAAAACUACUGCGAGAGCUGGAGAUUGAACGUUGAGCUCCACAAUGUCCGAUACUUCAAACUUGUUCCUGAAGAAUGCGUUGGUUACAUUGGCAACUACGUUACCUCCACUCAGUACAAAGUUGAUUCCGAGAGGACAAUUGAAGAAUGUAUCGUGUACCUUACCAAGGGCUGCUCCCUUAAGGGCGACGGCACUGAUGCUUGGAUCUUUGAUAUCGAUGAUACCCUCAUCUCUACUGUGCCCUAUUACAAGAAAAUUCAAUACGGGGGGAAGAAAUUGAAUAUCACAGAUUUGGAAGCAUGGAUGAGCGGGGCCAAAGCACCAGUUUUGGGGCACACAUUGAGGUUUUUCAAUCUAUUGAAAGCAAAAGGAGUGGACAUCAUUUUGAUUUCUGCUAGAAGGGAAGCUCUGAGAUCAGCCACCAUUGAAAACCUCGUUCAAAAGGGGUAUCAUGGAUGGUCCGAUCUGUUCUUUAGGAGCGAUGAAGAGAAGGACGUGGAGAAAUAUAAGUCAGAUGUGAGAAGGAGAUUGGUGAAAGGAGGGUAUUGCAUUUGGGGGAUAUUGGGAGAUCAAUACAGCAGCCUUGAGGGAACUCCAAGUGGAAGAAGAACGUUCAAGCUUCCAAAUCCAAUGUAUUAUGUAGCUUGAGCAUUUGAAUUUCUGACUUGGUUUUGGAUUUCAAACUAUUUUCUUUUGUUCUUCUUGACUCUCCAUGAACGAUCGUCGUCUAGAGGAUUGUAUUUUGAUCUGGAGAGACAAAGAUGAUCAUAGAGAGAUGUAAUGUGAUGAUUAUUGAUGAAUAAGGUGUAAU